GACCAAUAGAAGAUAAAAGCCAUGUGUAAACACAUCUUGAACGCCCAAGUGGCUAUCCGAGCGCCCUGUUGCAAAAAAUGGUUUGAUGUGCGCUUCCAUCUCUCAGCGACUAUGUCAUGACCGGACAGCUCAUGAUCAUUUAUAGUGCCCCGAGUGUCACGCCGAGUCUCAGGAUCAUGAGCUCACGAGGACAAUGGAGAUGGUCUUCCUCUGUAAAAAGUGCAAGAAGGCGUUCCGAAAGGACAUGUCGGAAUAUGAAGAAGCGGACGAGUUCUGCCCUCAUUGCGACAACCAAUAUGUGAUCGAAGCGAAGGAGGCGAAGCCCAUGCUCGGUGUUGAGGGUGAAGAUGCCCGUAUGGACAACAGAAUGCUCAAGGACGACAGAGAAAAGCAAAAGCCCGAACGGAGUCUCUUCAACAACAGAGACGUAUCCGAUAAGCUCGACACAAUGCCCCUCUAUCAGCUCAACCCCAAACAGCAGAAGGGAAGAUGACACCGCUUCAGGUUACCGCUUGCUUUCUUUGGGCUCUUGGGAGUGGAGCGAUGCGGAUUCUGUAAUAUGCAUACAGGGUAUCGUUGUACA